UCGCAGCUAUCUUGGAAAAGGCCGACGAAGCCUUCUUCGCAGGGCCUCCAUCUUCAGGCUCUGCUGCUCAUCACCCUCUUCGCGCUUCCGCAUCCGGCGCCGCUUAACCUCUUUCAAUCUUCAUUUCCGCAACUGGUUACAGAAGAUGAGCUCGGAGGGUGCGAAGGAGGACUGCCUUGGUUGGGCUGCCCGAGACCCUUCUGGGUUUCUCUCCCCCUACAAAUUCAGCCGCAGGGCCGUGAGAAGCGAUGACGUCUCGAUUAGGAUCACGCACUGUGGAGUGUGCUAUGCUGAUGUUGCUUGGACUAGGAAUGUGCAAGGACACUCCAAGUAUCCUCUGGUGCCAGGGCAUGAGAUAGUUGGAAUUGUGAAAGAGGUUGGCUCCAGUGUCCGACGCUUCAAAGUCGGUGAUCAUGUAGGUGUGGGAACUUAUGUCAACUCAUGCAGAGAGUGCGAGUAUUGCAAUGACGGGCUAGAAGUCCAAUGCGAAAAGGUAGUUUUGACUUUUGACGGAAUUGAUACGGACGGUACGGUCACAAAGGGAGGAUAUUCUGGUCACAUUGUCGUUCAUGAAAGGUACUGCUUUAGGAUACCAGAAAACUACCCGAUGGAUUUAGCAGCACCAUUGCUCUGUGCUGGAAUCACAGUAUACACUCCAAUGAUGCGUCACAAGAUGAACCAACCCGGUAAGUCUCUAGGCGUAAUUGGACUCGGUGGGCUCGGUCACAUGGCAGUUAAGUUUGGGAAGGCUUUUGGACUGAAAGUCACAGUGUUCAGCACAAGCAUUUCCAAAAAGGAGGAAACACUGAGCCUGCUUGGUGCUGACCACUUCGUUCUCUCAUCUGACCAAGAGCAGAUGAAGGCCGUGGCUAAGUCCCUAGACUUUAUAAUCGACACGGCAGCUGGCGAUCACCCAUUUGAUCCUUACAUGUCUCUUUUGAAGACGGGUGGCAUUCUAGCAUUGGUUGGGUUCCCGAGCGAAGUCAAAUUCAGUCCAGCAAGCCUUAACCUCAGUAUGAGAACUGUUUCGGGUAGCGUAACGGGAGGAACAAAGGAUAUCCAAGAAAUGAUAGACCUCUGUGCGGCGCAGAAGAUAUACCCGAAAAUCGAAGUGAUACCGAUCGAUUAUGCCAAUGAAGCCCUCGAGAGGCUCAUCAAGAGAGAUAUUAAGUACCGAUUCGUGAUUGACAUCGAGAACUCCUUGAAGUGACACCAUCAAUGUGGGAAGUUGGAAAUUGUUUCUGGCAAAGCUGAUCACAUGGAGAGGAAAAGUGGGAAUUUCAGAGACAGGAGGAGAGCUUCAAGCUCUACCUUGUUACUUGCUCUACUGGUGUACAAACAAACUAUGCCUGAUGUACUUUCAAUAGUCGUGAGUCUAUAGCUGAAAUAAGUGAAAUGGGUAAUGGAAUCCUAGUACUUUUUCUAUGUGAUGAUGUAGAAACUGUCUGAAAAAUUGGCUUCUUGAGAAGUUCUGCUUGAA